UGUCAGGGAACCGACAUGGCGUCAGGGUACAUAUUAAAUCGUGGAGCGUUAAUACUAGGAAUUCAUUGUCAGCGCGUGUGCAAAAACAUUUCAUUAACACAGGUUAGAGAAAAGAAGCGAUGGAUGAAAAUGUACACAUACCUCAUGGCAAAGAAGUUAAAGAUUGAGGGACCGCCACCGCCAAAACGACGCUCUGAACAGCCUCUCUGGGAUUACCAUGCUGAGGUUCAGGCUUUCAGCACCCGCCUCCAUGAAAACAUCUCCCUGGAUCUACUGAAAACGGCCUUCAUAAAUCCCUGUUACCUGCAGGCGGAGCAAGAGAGGAGACAGGGGUUAGGUGUGGACUCUGAGGCCACCGCUCUUGUUCUGAAAGAUAAUAUUCAGCUGAGUGCAAAGGGUGCAGGUUUCACCAAAAGCUUUCUGACCGACUGGUGCAGGGCCAGCUUCCCGAGUCUGCCAAGCGAGGGGGUGGAGAGUAUCGUAGGGCACCUCACCAGCUCAGCAGUUGUGACCUAUGUAGCAAGAAAUCUGGGCAUUGAAGACCUAACCAUGAGUGCAGAAUUCCCUGUUCCUGAUGAUGUGCUCCAUUCUACAUUCAUGGCAGUGAUUGGAGCUCUACAGGAAAGCAGCAGAGCUGAGCGAGCAGGAUUCUUCAUAAGGGAUUUCCUGGUCACUCAGCUGAUAGGAAAGGACCUGUUUGAUAUGUGGACAGUGGUCAACCCAAUGGGACUACUGGUGGAGGAGCUCACUAAGAGGAAUGUCCCUCUGCCAGAACCCCGCCUCAUCAGGUCUGCUGGAGCCAGUACCGUCCUGCCAGUGUACUUUGUCGGCUUGUACAGUGAUAAGAAGCUUCUGGCACAAGGACCAGGAGAGACACUUGUAGCAGCUGAGGAGGAAGCAGCUCGUGUGGCCCUAAGGAAACUCUACGGCUACAGUGAGAACCACAGACCGUUUGACUUCUCUCCACAACAGCAGCAUCAGCAGCCUUUAAUUCAGUCAGUCAGCAGCAGUUAAUGAAGUAACAACGAGCCAAAAACCCUUUAGAGGGGUGCAGUUGCACAGGAGAAGUGUCUUGAAUCUACUUAAAAGAUCAUUUUAGAUACAGUACAUCUUGUUUGAGGACCACAGGACUGUUACGGAUUGUAAAGAGAAAGCAUAUAAAACUAAGUUCACCAUCUAUCUUGUUUAACAGCGGUCCAACAGUUCACUUGUCAGGAUUGAUUCUCUUGGGUAUUUAAAUGUUACCCCAGACAGAGGAGAGCAACAUAAGCCUUGCUGUCCACAUAAAAAGUCUGACUAUGGUGUAAGACCCAGGUUUAAAUAAAUAAAUAUAUUUUAUAACCUAAUCAAGAGUUAAGUCAACUGGUCUUGUAGCUUU